ACAUCUUCUUAAUGCAUUAACAACAAUUUAUAGACUUUUGUUUCCAAAUCUAGUAGGCUAUACGGGCAUGUUUUGCGCAUGCUCAACUCGAUUUAACGGAAAUGGCCGAGCGCGAAGAGAGAACGGCCUAUGAGAAACCUAACUAGCUAGCUAUGUUGCUUCGGAAUCAAGCUCAGCAGCGACACUCCCUCAUUUCGUUUUCGGUCUGGACGGGCGUAAGGUUUCCGAGGAACUUCAGCCGUAGCGGCUGUCACUGUUUUAAAUUGGGGUUCGGUCCAAUAUGGCGGAAGACGGAUGGAAAUACUGAUGACAGUCCGAAAGAUCGCCUCGAUUUGUACGAUGGGCGCCAAUGCCUCUGCUUUGGAGAAGGAGAUUGGACCGGAACAGUUUCCCGUCAAUGAACACUACUUCGGGCUGGUCAAUUUCGGGAACACCUGCUACUGUAACUCAGUACUACAGGCCUUGUACUUCUGCCGGCCUUUUCGGGAGAAAGUCCUGGCCUACAAGGUCCAGCCGCGCAAGAAGGAAAGCUUGCUCACGUGCCUGUCUGACCUCUUCAACAGUAUCGCCACCCAGAAGAAGAAGGUGGGAGUCAUCCCGCCUAAGAAGUUCAUCUCAAGACUGAGGAAGGAAAACGAACUAUUUGACAACUACAUGCAGCAGGACGCUCAUGAGUUCCUCAACUACUUGCUCAACACCAUCGCUGACCUCCUGCAGGAGGAGAAGAGCCAGGAGCGGCAGCAGAACGGGAAAGUGGUGCAGAAUGGAGGAGGAGGAGGAGGAGGAGGAAGCAGCAGCAGUGCAGGCGAGGGCGAAGAAGAGAAGACUCAGCAGACCUGGGUCCAUGAGAUCUUCCAGGGCACACUGACCAAUGAGACGCGCUGCCUCAACUGUGAAGCAGUGAGCAGUAAAGAUGAGGACUUUCUCGACUUGUCGGUGGAUGUUGAGCAGAAUACGUCCAUCACCCAUUGUCUCAGGGGCUUCAGCAACACAGAGACCUUAUGUAGUGAGUAUAAGUACUACUGUGAGCAGUGUCGGAGCAAACAGGAGGCACAGAAAAGGAUGCGUGUGAAGAAGCUACCCAUGAUCCUGGCCCUGCACCUGAAGCGCUUUAAGUACAUGGAUCAGCUGCACCGCUACACCAAGCUGUCCUACCGCGUGGUCUUCCCCUUAGAGCUGCGGCUCUUCAACACCUCCGGAGACGCCACCAACCCGGAUCGAAUGUAUGACCUGGUGGCCGUGGUGGUCCAUUGUGGCAGUGGUCCAAACCGUGGUCAUUACAUUACCAUUGUGAAGAGCCACGGCUUCUGGCUUCUAUUCGAUGAUGAUAUAGUAGAGAAAAUUGACGCUCAGGCGAUCGAGGAAUUCUACGGCCUGACUUCAGAUAUUUCCAAGAACUCUGAGUCAGGUUACAUCCUCUUCUACCAGUCCAGAGACUGAACCAGUGGACUGCUCUGUCCAAAGGGAGCGACUACUUCAGAGGACAAGGUCCGGCUCCUCCACCUUGAGCAGGGGCUGUCUGUCUGUCUGUCUGUCUGUCUGUCUGUCGGGAGGUUGACGGAUCCUCCGACAGAAGCAGAAGCAGACGCCAGAGCACCGCGGACGUGACCCUGCUGCACCUCCUGUCCCCCCAGUUUUAGCUAGACAGGAGGAGGCGCUCACUUCCCACCUCAGGCUAACUGCUACCACCUCCACAUCACAUCACCAAACAUCCUCCAUCUCCUUGCUUUUUGCACCCUUCAAAUGGUUUAUUUCAGUUUGGGUUUGUAGGUUUGAUCCCCGAGGGCUCCCAGUCUCUUAGUCACUGUGCAGAAGGCAAGGGGCAGCGGAGGAGAGAUGAUAGGAGAGCGAACCCUUUUGUGAACGUGUAUGUCUGUGAGCGUAUGAGAGGGAGAGGGAGAGGGGUGGUGAGAGAACUAACCCUGUUGUGAAUGUGUAUGUCUGUGAGCGUAUGAGAGGGGGUGGUGAGAGAACUAACCCUUUUGUGAAUGUGUAUGUCUGUGAGCGUAUGAGAGGGGGUGGUGAGAGAACUAACCCUGUUGUGAAUGUGUAUGUCUGUGAGCGUAUGAGAGGGGGUGGUGAGAGAACUAACCCUGUUGUGAAUGUGUAUGUCUGUGAGCGUAUGAGAGGGGGUGGUGAGAGAACUAACCCUGUUGUGAAUGUGUAUGUCUGUGAGCGUAUGAGAGGGGGUGGUGGGGAGAGAACUAACCCUGUUGUGAACGUGUAUGUCUGUGAGCGUAUGAGAGGGAGAGGGGGUGGUGAGGAGAGAACUAACCCUGUUGUGAAUGUGUAUGUCUGUGAGCGUAUGAGAGGGAGAGGGGGUGGUGAGGCGGCAUGCUCUUUGGCAUGGCAUGAUGGCCGUGUUUAGUUGCACACAGUGUAGUGUGAGGCACCAGGAUCUCAGCUCUGGUGGAGGUGGGUGGGAGAGCAUGGGCGACACUAAAGCCUCUGAAACCGCUUAUUUAUUAUUCAUUUGUAUCUGUGUGUCAUAUGUGUCGCCAUGUUCUCCAUUCAUUUUGAAGGGGUGUUUUAAAGCAGCUCUACCAUGGUAUAUAAUAAUAUAUAGUAAUCUGCAUCCUAACAUUGUGCACUGCAAAUUUAACCAGGGUGCUUGAGCUUUUAUCUUUCACAAAUAAUAAGGAUGAUCUGUAUGGCGUGUUCCAUUCCCCUCUUAUUUUCUUAGGGUUUUUUUUUUUAAAUGCAUUUGCAAUCACAUACAAUUGAAACUGCAGAAAGUGUGUGUGUGUGUGUGUGUGUGUGUGUGUGUGUGUGUGUGUGAGAAUAAGGGUGAUGGGAAUGUGUGUGAUAGCAGUGGUGUAAGAUUACUGUUCCAAAAGAGGAGUGGCCUACAUAUGGGGUUUUCAGGGUUUUUAUUUUAGUUUUGAGUUUGAAAGUGACUUGUGUGGGGAGGAGGAGGAGGGGUGGGGUGGGGCUGGUUUAAGUGCUGCUCUUACACAGUUUCUGUUUAGGCUGUACUGUAAAAAUAUUGAUUUGUGAUUGAUUGGUGAAGAAGAUUCCGUUCAAAGUUUGUGUAAGUGCAUGAUCAUGUCCAAAGCCCUCCGAUCUCCAGAGGUGAAGCUGUGUUGCUGCUGCUGCAGCAGAAGCCUACUCUACUCCCCCGUAGACCUUAGUGCUAACCCAGUAUUCUGUGUGCACCCCACCUCCUUAAUAAGAGCCCAGAGUACUGCCUCAGUAUUAACUAUUGAAUGUCAAAUCUGUUGCUCCCCUGAUGGAUUGAGUCUGAGGUGUGCAGUCUCCUCGUCUAAUGUCAACAGUGCUUCGCUUCGCAGGGGUUUUUAUUGCAAAGUACAUCCAUGUAGAGAAAUGACUGUCUUCAAAUUCCCACUGUUAAUCCAAUUAAUGAAUGAAAACAAUUCCUAUUUGUACAGUAGAGGCUACUGUUGUUCUUACAUAAAAAAGAAUGUAUGUAUGUAUGAAUGGAUGCUGGUGAGUUGUGUAAUGACUUGUUUCUACGGGUGAUUUGGCUGUUCAGAAGUGGUGAGCGGUUUGGCCUGAUGGUAACUACCACAUAGCCAUGCCCUCUCCCUGGCAGCUCUCUUCUCUUCCUACACCGUGUACUUGGUGACGUUGGUAAAUGUGCUUUGACCUAGCGGUAGCACUGAGGUGGAGUAUGGGGCCUGGCUGGCUUUGGGUGUUGCCCACUUCUGAUCGCUGGACUGUGGAGGGUCAUGGAGAUAUAGGCUGCUGGGGGUGUAUUUGUCUCAACGUCUCGUAGUGUCGGGCUCCAGGGUUUGCAGUGUAAAACUAAAUCCUGAACUUGACCUUCUGUUGUGCAGAGGUUUCCAAGCCAACGUGCUGCCCUGUGCUUUAAUGUGAGUUAACCCCCAGGUGAAUGAUUCCGUGUGGUGUGAGUGAAUCCAUGCCAAAGAGAAUCACCCUCAGUAGCAAACACUGGCAAUGUUUUAGUCAUGGCUACACAGAGACAGCCUCACUUUCUAGUCAACACACCAAUAUUAACCUUUUUUAUUUUUAUUUAAAGAAAUGUUUUAGGGUAGCUAGCAGCUGACUAAUAAACAAGUUGCUAUUGUGACAUAGAUUCCUUAACUAAACUGCAUAAUAAAUACACUGGCUUUUCUGUUUUAAUCAUGUAGGCUAACCUUUUAAUUUUAUGUAAGUUUUAAUUUCAAUUGACCAGAAUUCCCUUUUAUUGGGCAGGGUCCGCAGACAGCUGCUGACUAUACUCUUAGUCUUGAAAAAGAAAAGAGUUGACGGCCUGAGUUUUACUGAACUGGACUUAGCAACCAAGGAUCAUGCGUUGAGACAAAUAAGGACAGUUUUUGUUUUAAAUAUUAUUAACUUAGAUGUUCACUUUAUGAUAUGCAUAUAUUUUUUUACUGAUUUGUCUAUUACCCUGAUGUAGGCCACAUACCUUUUAUAGGGAGCAAAUGGUGUAAGAUGUAAACGUUUUUGAUGCAGAGAUAUUGGGGAUCAUCAUAAUCAGAGAUUGGUUUAUUGCUUGCUUGUUGUGAAAUAUAAAAAGAUUAGUAACACAUGGAAAACAAGUAAUAGUCAAGCAGCCAGUCAUGUACUUUAAGAAGUAGAGCUCUGUGAAAGAACCUGUCACAUGCUGUCUGUUACUCCCUAUUACAGAAAUUGUGAAAUAAUUGGUUCCAGACAGACAUAUUUAAAAGUGCACUUUUUAUAAAGAUGUACUUGUUGGAAAUGGAAUACUAGAAAUUUUCUUCCAUUUUUGUUCCAUGUUUUUUGCAUUUUUAGUUUUCAUUUUUUGGGUAGGUUGGGAAAAGGAGUGUGUGGUUGAGGACAGGAUUUCACUUCCCUGCCUCCUAAUAAAGCAGUACCACAAGCA